CAUUGUACUUGAAUAUUGAAAUUGUAUAUAUUUUGAAAAAUGCCACUGCAAUGUCGGACAUGCGGUGGCUUAACUUACAAAUCGAACUCAAAAAAUCUGUUCGAAGCAAAGAAUGCUCCUCUGUUGGAUGAAAUAGAGCUUUUCCUGGGUACACAGCUUGUCAACAAACCCGAAUUGCCGACGUGCAUUUGCGUUUUGUGCGUGCUUGAUUUGAAUCAAGUUAUAAUUUUUCGUGAGCGUUGCGUUAGGACUCAAAAAUUGUUUCUUAAUCAGUACAAUGAUCGGAAGGUAACAGCAAUACCUGUGCCUGACACAGAAUAUGACGAUGACUAUGAUGACAACGAGGAAAUAAGUCAAGAAGUUUAUAAUGAGGUAGCAGCUUUAGAAGCGGCAAACCAAGAUGUAGAUGAAAUAGAUGAUGAUUUCGAAGAUGCGCGAGAUUUAUUUGGCAUUCCAGAAGAGGAUAAAACAGCCCAAGAUCCCGAAUCAUUGAUUGCAACAAUGCAAAAGGAGUUUAUCAGUGCCAUUGAUGAAAGCAGUGUCACGAGUGGUGAGGAUGAAGACAAUCAGGAUUUUACGGAUAGCAGUGGCAGCAACGAAGAAAGCAGGAGAAAACAGUUGCCCGAUAGUACUGCCGAAGCCGACGGUCUUCCAUCCAAACCCGCGAAAAGCAAAACCAAUUCGGCCACGAGCUCAACUAAAUACCCUACAAGUUCUGAGAUCGAUACCAACAAAAAGCAUGCUGUGAAAAAGAAAUAUGUUAGCUGGAAAUGUCUCACCGAAGAAGAGAUUGUCGAGCGUAAACGUCAAAUGCGUCGCCGAGACCAUGUCUGUGAUCAAUGCGGCCGACACUUUACCGACCAAAGUAAUUUCAAACUGCACAUGCUUCGUCACACCGGAGUUAAAAACUAUGAAUGCACAGAGUGUGGUAAAAAGUACUAUACGGAGCACUUGCUAUCACUUCACGUACGUAUCUCCCACAAAGGCGAGAAACCUUACGUUUGUAAACACUGUGGCAGGGCCUUUCACAAUAGCACAUCGCGUUCCAUGCAUGAACGCAUACACACCAAUAUUCGUCCGUAUGCAUGCAAGACUUGUAGCAAGACUUUUAACUCAGCAUCUGGCCGGAAACGACACGAAUUAAUACAUACCGGAGAAAGGCCCUAUCAUUGUGAAAUAUGCAACCAGACUUUUCAACGCAAUACUCAUUUAAAGUCCCACAACCGUUCGAAGCAGCAUAGAAAUAAUGAACGCUCAUUAGUUUGGAGUUUAUCACGUACUGAAUCUGAAUAAAAAAAAAUAUAGUCAUUUCUCCUGUAAUCAGUUACGAUUCAGCCUGAAGUAAAAGUGCUUACUGAGACUAUUUAACAAUGUCAUAAAAAGACCUCAUUAAAAUAAAAA